GACUCGACUCACUCGAACUUCCAGUCGAGCCAGUCCAUUCUCAUACCGAGCUAGACAGCACCCGACUUAACCUAAGUUUAGUGCCCGGAAACUAACAAGAGACCCGGGCCAGCUGAUUCCAGACAUUGUAUACGCGAGUACCGAGGCGGAACCACUUUAUCCUCGAAGCCUUGAUGCCUCAACCCCUCAUCCAACAUCUGUCUCCCGACACAGCAAACCUCCUCACCCGCUAACUCUUCGCUCGGACGCCACCGAUCACGAUGGUCUACAAUCGCACCCACCCGCUGCUCCAGCAAGUCCCGCUGACCGUCUCUCCCUUCGUCAACCUCCCCACCGCCACAACUCUUCCCUACACCUACCGGCCGAUGCCCUCCACCCUCCCGCCCUCCUCACUGGGAACAACUUCCUCCUCCGCCUCAACAACAACAACAACAACAACAACAACCGCGCCGGGGGCAACCGACCCCGCAUCCACCUCCGCCGCAAAACCGCGCUAUGUCGUCUCGGCGUCGGGCCACGCCGCCCACCCGGACGACAUCCUGACCUCGUGCCGCGAGCUGCACGCCCACGUGGCCAAGCUGCAGGCCGACGCCGAGGCCGAGCUGGCGCGCGUCGAGGAGCGGAUCCGCGCGCGCGAGCUGGCCGAGAAGAGGCGCCUCGCCCCCGGCUGGCUGGAUAGUGAUGCUCGUCUGCUUCAGCCUGAGCGGAAGGCGACGGGUGGGAGCAGUAGUAGGUUAAUGGUGGAUGAGGUGGCCAAGGAUGUGGGUGACAAGGGGGGGUAUGAGCGGGGUGGUGCGGGUGGUGGUGGUGGAUUGGCUUCUACCGCUGGUGGUGGUUACUACGGCCAUGGUCCAGGAGGCGCAAGCGAGAUGGCGGUGCCUGAUGAGGGGGAGGAGUUGGAUAGGUUCUUUGGGGGGUUGGCGUUGAAGCCGGGGUCAUGAGCAACAGGAUGGUUGAUUCUGUGUGAGUUUUGGGUGGGUGCCAAAUCUCCUAGCAUGCUACGGAAGAAGGGGGUGGGGGGAUAAUCCAGUCACUAAGGUAUUGGCUUGAAGGCCGUGUCAGUGAUGGGAUCCUGCUGUUUUGAAUAACGCUUGUGGGUGUCUUUCCGCCCUUGUGCCCUCUCUCAUACUCAGCUCUUCUUCUCGCUCUCUCCGUGUCCACGUCUACUUUAACGCUUGUAAGCCAUCUUUCCUGCCAUCUCUUGAGAGAUGGGUUGAUUCAGUUCUUCCCUGAGAUCGAGGAAUACACAGUGUACGUACGGAGUACUCCAUGGCUCCGUGGAUC